UAAGUCAUUUCCGGUAAGAAAGUAGGUCACGUGACAAGAUCUCCGGCUAGGGUGUUGAUCUUUCCUUGCUUGUUAACUUUCAGAACUCCAAAAUUACUCUUUAAUACAAUUUCAGCACCUAGGGGGUUCAGAGGAGUGUAGCCAGGAAACAUGGCGAGCGACGAGUAUUUUGAUGGCUAUAUGGAAGAAGAAGAAGAAUGGGACAGAGAGGGUUUACUGGACCCUGCAUGGGAAAUCCAGCAGAAAAAGACAUUCACAGCAUGGUGCAAUUCACAUUUAAGGAAAGCCGGUACAUCCAUAGAAAACAUAGAAGAGGAUUUUCGAAAUGGUCUCAAACUUAUGCUUUUAUUAGAAGUAAUUUCAGGGGAGCAGUUACCUAAACCUGACCGUGGCAAAAUGAGGUUCCAUAAAAUAGCCAACGUAAAUAAAGCAUUAGAUUAUAUAGCUAGUAAAGGUGUGAAACUUGUAUCCAUAGGUGCAGAAGAAAUCGUAGAUGGUAAUAUUAAAAUGACAUUAGGUAUGAUUUGGACUAUUAUUUUGAGAUUUGCUAUUCAAGAUAUCACAGUAGAAGAAUUAACAGCUAAAGAAGGUCUAUUAUUAUGGUGUCAAAGAAAGACAGCCCCAUAUAAGAAUGUUAAUGUUCAAAAUUUCCAUCUCAGCUUUAAAGAUGGGUUGGCCUUCUGUGCCUUGAUUCAUAGGCAUCGCCCCGAUCUUAUAGAUUACCAUAAGUUAUCUAAGGAAAAUCCAUUAGAGAAUUUAAACACAGCCUUUGAUAUCGCAGAGAAAUAUUUGGAUAUUCCUAGAAUGUUGGAUCCAGAAGACAUGGUUAAUUCUGCUAAACCAGAUGAACGUUCAGUUAUGGCCUAUGUCUCAUCAUAUUACCACGCCUUCUCUGGAGCUCAGCAGGCUGAAACAGCUGCUAACCGAAUUUGUAAAGUUCUGAAAAUUAACCAAGAAAAUGAACGUUUAAUGGAAGAGUAUGAAAGACUUGCCAGUGACCUUCUAGCUUGGAUCAAAAAAACAAAACCAUGGUUAGAAAAUCGUAUAACAGACAAUACAUUGCCCGGUACACAGCAUAAAUUAGAAGAAUUUCGUGAUUACAGAAGAAAACAUAAACCACCCAAGUUGGAAGAUAAAGCUCGUCUAGAAAAUAGUUUUAAUACUUUACAAACACGUUUGAGACUUAGUAACCGCCCAGCUUAUAUACCAACAGAGGGAAAACUUGUUUCGGAUAUUGCUGAUGCAUGGAAAGGAUUGGAGUCGGCAGAGAAAGGCUUUGAAGAAUGGCUCUUGUCAGAAUUACAGAGAUUGGAAAGAUUGGAUCAUCUUGCCCAGAAAUUCCGACAUAAAUGUGAAAUCCAUGAAGAAUGGGCUGUUGGUAAAGAAGAUAUGUUAGAAAGUAGAGAUUAUAAAAAGUGUAGAUUAAAUGAACUUAAGGCUAUGAAAAAGAAACAUGAAGCUUUUGAGAGUGAUUUAGCAGCUCACCAAGACAGAGUUGAACAAAUAGCAGCCAUUGCACAAGAAUUAAAUGCCUUAGAUUAUCAUGAUGUAGCAACUGUCAACACACGAUGUCAAAAAAUCUGUGACCAGUGGGAUAGAUUAGGACAGUCCACACAGAAACGAAGAGAGGGUUUAGAUGAAGCUGAACGUAUCUUAGAAAGAAUUGAUCAACUCCAUCUUGAAUUUGCCAAAAGAGCAGCUCCAUUCAAUAACUGGAUGGAUGGUGCUAAAGAAGAUUUAAUGGAUAUGUUUAUUGUACAUACAACAGAAGAAGUACAGGGUUUGAUUUCUGCCCAUGACACAUUUAAAUCUACUCUUGGUGAAGCCGAUAAAGAAUAUAAUACAAUUAUUACACUGGUUCAAGACGUGGCUCGUCUCGCCCAACAAUAUAACAUGACACCCCCAGAUAACCCUUACACCACAUUACAUGCUCAGGAUAUUGCUAACAAAUGGGGUGAAGUAAAACAAUUGAUACCAAGACGAGAUCAAACAUUACAACAAGAAAUGUUGAGACAACAGAAGAACGAAACUCUCAGACGACAGUUCGCUAAUAAAGCUAAUAGUGUUGGCGAAUGGAUAGAGAAACGUUUAGAUUUUGUUGCGGCUAUUGGAGUUCAUAUGAAGGGUUCGCUAGAAGAUCAGCUUAAUGAAAUUCAACAUACAGAAAAAGAAUGCCAAGGCUUCAGACCUCAUAUGGAUGAACUUGAGAGAAUUAACCAGGAAGUCCAGGAAUCUAUGAUCUUUGAAAAUAGAUAUACUCAAUAUACAAUGGAGACAUUGAGAGUUGGAUGGGAGCAACUUCUUACAGCACUUGCCAGAAAUAUUAAUGAAUUGGAAAACCAGAUUUUAACUAGAGAUUCUAAGGGUAUUUCAGCCCAACAAAUGAAUGAAUUCAAGAUGUCCUUCAGUCACUUUGAUAAAAAUAAAACUAGUCGAUUGGAGCCAAAAGAAUUUAAAGCAUGUCUUGUUAGUUUGGGUUAUAAUAUUAGAGAUGAUAAACAGGGUGAAGCUGAUUUCCAGAGAAUUAUGGCCAUUGUUGAUCCUAACAGAAGUGGUUUUAUUACAUUUGAGGCCUUUAUUGACUUUAUGACAAGAGAAACUGCAGACACAGAUACUGCUGAACAAGUAAUGCAGUCCUUCAAAAUCUUGGCUGGUGACAAGCCAUACAUUACUGCACAAAUCCUUCGUCAAGAAUUGCCUCCAGAUCAAGCUGAGUAUUGUAUUCAAAGAAUGGCGCCUUAUUCAGGUCGUGAUGCUGUUCCUGGUGCACUGGACUACAUGUCUUUCUCCACUGCCUUAUAUGGUGAGAGUGACCUGUAAAUGGAACAUCAAUGGGAGAGAACUGGGCUGGUGCAGCAUAGCAGUUGACAUGAGAGAUUGGCUUAUAAAAAAAAACUUCACUCCUGCUGGGAUUGGCUCAUUUUACUAUAGAGAGAUUGAGAGAGAAAAAGAAGACUAUCCUAGUGGUCCUCAUCAAUUAAUUAACCACAGCCCUUCCUCCCACCUUGUUUUAUUCUGUGUACCAGUGUUAUUUUGGUUUCUAGUGGUUAUGAGUGGGUUUGUGGAGGACGUCUAGUGCAAUGAAUCAUAUUAAUUCAAGCUAUAGAAAGAAAGAACUUAAAAAAAAAAAGAUUUCAGUUUAAUAAUUGAGUGGUGUUUUUCUGUAAACCUAGAUAAAUGCUACAUAUCCAUUCUCCCUGUUGUUUUAACACUUACUUAAAGUUUGAAACAUGUCAUGAUGCACCAUGAAUCGGUACCUUGUGAUGUCCAAUCAUCAAUAAGCGUUCACCAUAAUUUACACACAUUUUAUAUUUGUUCAUUUGUUAAAUAUAAAGUAUGACCCACUGCUUUUGACAAACAAAAUUUUAAAUGGUUGCUAUCUAUUGUGUGUGUUUUUUGCGUCUUCAACAUUUUCUUUAUAAUCGACCAUAUUUGUUCAUUGUAAAACUACAGUUGAAGGAACACACAAUAUUAGAUAUCGGUAAUAAAAAUUCAACAAGACUGAAUUUCAACAAUUUUUUGAUACUUGACGUGACUCAAUAAAAUAAGUGUAGUGUAUUGAAUGGUUUUGUCUUCCAUUUUUACAAAACAAAAGAAAAUCAUGUGCAAUUGUGGGUUUUUUUUAUAUAAAUGUGAAUAAAAAUUUUUAUAUUUAUUAUUAUUAAUGAAUAAACAGAUGCAAUUAUUAAUGACAGGCAAAAUGGUUUAUAAAAAAAAAUAAAUAAAUACAGUGGACACUCAAAACAUACAAACUGCAGUUUUACAGCAGAGUAUUUCCACAAUUACUGAUUCAAUAAAAAUUCCAUUUGGUGCUUUAAAAUGUUUUAGUUCUGACAUUAUAGGAUAUACAUGGUGGCAUUGUUUCAGUCUUUGUUAAACAUAGUUUUGUUUUGUUUUUUUAAAAAAAAAUCGUCUAUUACUGGUAGGUGGGUUUUCUUGUCUUUUUUUCUUCUUGAAUGAUUGUGAACACUGCCAGAAAGAUCGAAGUUGGCAUGGAUUUGAUACAGUUGUCAAGUUUUGUUAAUUGUUUAGCCUUUGAGUAUAUCAAUAAUGACACACAAUACCCAGUAAAGUUAAUCAUAUUUUUCUAAUGGGGUGUUGUAUUCUUUUUUUCUUUUAAAAAGAAAGAUUGUACCUACCUAUUUUAGUUUAAAAUUAUUUUUAGAAUGAAAUUCCUUCCAGAGCUUAAUGUCAAGAGUAUUGUUUUACAAAAUAGUUAUCAACUUAUAGCCCUGCCUUUUUGUGUAAUUAUGUAAACAUCGGAAUCAUUUGAGAUUCUCAGAAAGUAUGAUUGAUCUGAGGGAAUUUAUUCUUGUUCAUUCUUUUAUCUCUGAAUGAAUUCAGGAUGACUACAUAGCUAUGUGGCAAUGCAGGAUACUAAACAAUGCACUGUCCUUGACUUUGGCUUUGUCAGGUUGCCCGUAUUAGACUGCUGUACAUCUGUGAUCAAGACUAAAGCUCGGGAGAUAUAAUUUAGGCUGGUGUUAUUUUGAGUGACCUAAAGAGCACAUGUAUACAUUAUCAUAUUACCACCAUAUUGUUAUAUUUUAACCAAUCUUAUCAUCAUGUUACAAGCCUUUUAUUAAUCAAUGUCUUGCUCACAGAUGUAGCAGGUUUGACCAAUCAAGGGGUUAUUAAGCCCGGACUAGGAGAAAUUCCCUUUAUUUUAUUUAUGUAGAUAUUCAAACUUUAAAAAAAUUGCUUCUUUUACACACAGGCCAUAAUAAUAAACAUGUAGAAUGAUAUUUAGUGGAAUAAUUAUGAAUAAAUAAUAUAUAUUAUAAAACACUGAAAUAUAGUGUACUAUUUUAUUUCCACUAUGGAAAAUUGGUGAUAUAUAUUUUUUUUUUGUUUUACUUUUGAAUCAGUGUUAUACCGUAGUUAAACAGUUUUCUAAAUUUACUAUGUUAUAGUUUAAAUCAAAAACUGGGUAUUAAUUUUUGGUUUUGUAGAUAGAUCUUGAAUGCUGGCAGGUGCAAGAAUAUUAUCUGUAAAGUUACAGUAUCCAAGUUGAAUCAAAAGUAAUCAAAGCUCUGCACCUAUUGUAAUAACAUUUUAACUUACAUCAUUUGUAAUUAUAAAUGCUUGCUUGGACUUAAAAUCUGUUAAUAGUUCUGUUUAAUCAUAGUAUUGACUAAUAACAAGAAAUAUGUCUGAUAAAAUGUAGUUUGUUCAGUCAUUAAAAUGAUCAUGUCUACACUGAUUACAUAUAAACUUGUAGAAACUGAAAUAAAGAAUUUACCUCCUGUAA